AAGGCCGUGUGUCAUGCUGCCAGGACCCGUUCUGUCCUGUCCGUGGGACUCGCCUGCUUCAAACAGCAGCCAGACAAGGGUGAAAAUUCCUACCUGACCCAGGUGUUCAAUCUCACAUUACUGUGCACAGAGGAGUAUGUUAUAGAACCAAAGUCUGUGCAGUUCCUGGUACAGCAUGGCUUCAACUUCAACCGGCAGUAUGCCCAGGGUAUCCCCUACCAUAAAGGGAAUGAUAAGGGUGAUGAGAGCCAGAGCCAAUCUGUACGGACACUGUUCCUUGAGCUAAUUUGGGCCCGUCAGCCCCUGGUGCUACAUAAUGGCCUUAUAGACUUGGUGUUCCUGUAUCAGAACUUCUACGCACACUUGCCUGAGAACCUGGGAACCUUCACUGCUGACCUGUGUGAGAUGUUCCCAGCAGGCAUUUAUGACACCAAAUAUGCUGCAGAGUUUCAUACCCGCUUCAUAGCUUCCUACUUAGAAUACGCUUUCCGGAAAUGUGAGCGGGAAAAUGGGAAGCAGCGGGCUACUGGCAGCCCACACCUUACCCUGGAGUUCUGCAGCUAUCCGUCUAGCAUGAAGGCCCAUAUCGACUACCGCUGCUGUAUGUCCCCUGCUACCUACCGCUCUCAUACCACCAGCAUCUGUGACAACUUCUCGGUGAGAACGCUCACCCAUUUUGGGGGAUGGGAAGGUUCUGACAUAUGGAACCCCUUCUAAGCCUUUUUCCUA